GUGCAGGCGGCGAGGUGGUAGUGGUUGUGCCACCUCGCGUGUGGAGGGAAGGAGAGAAGUCAGGAAAUAAAGAGGAAAAGGAGCGAUGCAGAUCUCGGGAAGAACGACAAGACCUUCUUAGUCUUGGCUGGGCCCUGGAGACCAGGCCUUCAGCCUCCGUUCAGCUCCAGACACGCAGCUUCUCCAGGCAGACCUUGCUUCACAGCAGGGAUUGCUCCUCGAGAUCACCCCGGACAAUGUCACUUGGUGGAGGAGGACUGUGAGACCGUGUCUGGAAGUCAGGUCGUAGCGGCUUGCCUGUCACUGCCCAGCUGAGUGGCAGCCCAGACCCCAGGAAGAGCAAGUGGCCGCAGGUCACAGACUCAGAGAGAAUAUGAGUGUGGGGGUGAGCACCGCCAUGCCCCUCCCUCCAACCUCAGACACCAAUGUGGUCACGUCCACCUUCAGCCUGGUGGACUAUGUGGUCUUUGUCCUGCUGCUGGUUCUCUCCCUUGCCAUUGGGCUCUACCAUGCCUAUCGUGGCUGGGGCCGACAUAGCAUCGGCCAGUUGCUGUUGGCAGACCGCAAAAUGGGCUGCCUUCCUGUGGCCCUGUCCUUGCUGGCCACCUUCCAGUCAGCUGUGGCCAUCCUGGGUGUGCCGUCUGAGAUCUACCGAUUCGGGACCCAGUAUUGGUUCCUGGGCUGCUGCUAUUUCCUAGGGCUGCUGAUCCCAGCACAUGUCUUCAUCCCCAUCUUCUACCGCCUGCAUAUCACCAGUGCCUAUGAGUACCUGGAGCUCCGGUUCAAUAAAGCUGUGCGUGUUUGUGGAACUGUGACCUUCAUCUUUCAGAUGGUGAUCUAUAUGGGGGUCGUCCUCUAUGCACCAUCCUUGGCCCUCAAUGCAGUGACUGGCUUUGAUCUCUGGCUGUCAGUGCUGACCCUAGGCAUUGUCUGUACCAUCUACACUGCUCUGGGUGGACUGAAGGCAGUCAUCUGGACAGAUGUCUUCCAGACACUGGUCAUGUUCCUGGGGCAGCUGGCGGUUAUCAUUGUGGGGUCGGCCAAAGUGGGCGGUUUGGGGCACGUGUGGGAAGUGGCUUCCCAGCACGGCCUUAUCUCUGGAAUUGAGCUGGACCCGGACCCGUUUGUGCGGCACACGUUCUGGACGUUGGCCUUCGGGGGUGUCUUCAUGAUGCUCUCCUUGUAUGGAGUGAACCAAGCGCAGGUGCAGCGAUACCUCAGUUCCCGCACAGAGAAGGCUGCAGUGCUCUCCUGCUAUGCCGUCUUCCCCUGCCAGCAGGUGGCGCUCAGCAUGGGCUGCCUCAUUGGCCUGGUCAUGUUUACCUACUACCAGGAGUAUCCUAUGAGCACCCAGCAGAGUCAGGCAGCCCCUGACCAGUUCGUCUUGUACUUUGUGAUGGAUCUCCUGAGAGGCCUGCCGGGGCUGCCUGGGCUCUUUGUUGCCUGCCUCUUCAGUGGCUCCCUCAGCACCAUAUCCUCUGCUUUUAAUUCACUGGCAACUGUUACAAUGGAAGACUUGAUUCGACCCUGGUUCCCUCAUGUCUCUGAAGUCCGGGCCACCAUGCUUUCCAGAAUCAUCGCCUUUGGUUAUGGGCUACUUUGUCUGGGAAUGGCCUAUAUUUCCUCGCAGAUGGGACCUGUGCUGCAGGCAGCCAUCAGCAUCUUUGGUAUGGUUGGGGGGCCACUGCUUGGACUCUUCUGCCUUGGGAUGUUCUUUCCUUGUGCAAAUCCUCCUGGUGCCAUCGUGGGCCUGUUGGCUGGACUGAUUAUGGCCUUCUGGAUCGGCAUCGGGAGCAUAGUGACCAGCAUGGGCUCUGGCAGAGCACUCUCUCCCCCUAACGGGCCCAGCUUCUCUCUGUCCAGCAAUCUGACUGCUGUCACCAUGGCCACACUGAUGCCCUCAACUGCCGCCUCAAAGCCCACGGGGCUACAGCGGCUCUAUUCCCUGUCGUAUUUAUGGUACAGCGCUCACAACUCCACCACCGUCAUUGUGGUGGGCCUGGCUGUCAGUCUGCUCAGUGGGGGCAUGCGGGGCCGGACUGUGGACCCUCGGACCAUUUACCCAGUGUUGCCGAAACUCCUUGCCCUCCUGCCCCUGUCCUGUCAGAAGCGACUUCCCUGCAGAGCCGGCAGCCAGGACCUCUCCUUGGAAGCCGAUAUAUUUCCAGAGAAGAUGAGCAAUGGGAUGCUGAGGGGCAGCAGAGACCAGGUGGCCAUGGCUGUGCCUGAGGAAGGCCCCAUCCAGCCGGGGAUCAGCCCGACCUUCAUCCUCCAGGAGACCUCACUGUGAUCCUGGGAUCACAGACUUGGGACCCAGACCCAGAGACCCCCUGCGGUACGGGGAUGAGAGUUCCCUGGUGUUCCGCAGGAGGGUCACAGGCUGAGUGGCCUCACCCACACCAAAAGACCUUGUUCUUGGGAGUUUGCGCUACAGUAAAAGCUGUCAUGUCACAGGAGGUGUGAGAGUAGGACAAGGUUUUUCCUUGUUCUUUGCCCAUCUGUUCUCUAGAGAACCAGGCUUGCAGGGGGUACAAUUCUGCCAGAAAAAGGGAUAGAGGUAAAUCUGGCAAAAGGAUAAUGGCUUCUGAUUCAGCAUCGCCAGGCUUCUUUGAAGUGAAUGGAAAUAGCUGUGCUGGGCCCACUCUGGCAAGAUUGAUGCGGAGCUGCCUUGGCCAGCUCUUGUGGCCCUUGCAGUCCCAUCGGAGCACGGCUUCUGCCAGCCACACAGGGCCCCUGGGACACUACUUUCAGGUUGUCUGUGCUACCCAGACAUCCUGAUCUGUCUACCUCCAUUCUUGAGAGGGAGGUUUUGGUGUCCCUGAGAGGCCUCUCGGAACACACAGGUACAUUCAUUUCCUUUGUGUAGAGUAGGGACGCUUUUCACCUCGCUGCCCCACCCCCUACCUUUGCAAUGGGCACUUUGGGAUGGGGUGGAUGUUGAGAAACCAGGUCAUGACCAGGUCCACUGUGGAGUGCGCCAUCCGUCUGACUCCUGAGCCAUGCCACCCUCGUGUCAUUUGGUCAUUCAUGCUCCUGUUUCCUUUUGGAGUUUCUUACCCACAUAUCUUUGUUCCUAAGGAAUAAAAACUGCCAUUGGGCUAGAA